AUGGGUGCAAAACGUGCUGUAGAUGGCAGAUCACAGCCCUAUGAUGUAUUAUUAGCUGCCUAUCAAAAGAAAUCAAUUGGAAGACCCAAUGGUAAAGAACACGUUGGCACCAGUAUCACACCAACAACUCAGACAAAUGAAGAAACCUAUGUGGAUUCGGAUGAAGAAGUGGAGAAUGUAAUGCAGGCACUUCGUUUGAGUAGGCCCGCUCCAUUGGCUCAAAAACCCUUCUUUUUUGUCAAACGUAGACGUCAAUGUUAUCGUUUACGAGACAUCUUAUUGGAUGCCAUGACGCCUAAAUCAACCGUUAUCAAGGACACGAAUUCCUCAAUAAGUCACAGUGUGUUGGACAAUAAUGCUGUUAUGCGUCAAUCCUAUUUUCAGCAGCAGCAACAUCAACAACAACAGCAGCAACAGCAGCAACAACAGCAGCAUCAACAACAGCAUCAACAACAGCACAGUUUAGGUUUAGGGUUUGCCACUAACGGAAACAAUUCGAUGGUUGUUGAUAACAGUGGUAUAUUUGGUGAGCCGAACAGUCCAUCUUUUUCAGUACGUUGAAAACGUGAUUGUAAAUAUAUAUAAAAUCUAUAUACAUAUAACCACGAAAAAAAAAAUUAUAAAUAUUGUCUUCUUUUUAUACACACUCAUAAUCACGCCCUCACACUCUCUCACACAAAAUCACAUUUUUAAGUAGCAUCGCCACGCCUAAAAUAGUCAAGCAUCUGCCCAACUAAACUAAUAAAUCAUUACGUGAAGGUUGCUAUCCCAUCUGUUGUGGGUAAAAAAUAAAUAAAAAAAAAAGGUGUAUGUGUCACAGAGUGGAAGGAUUAGCACCAUGUGAUCUACUGUCUCACUCUCCUUCUUUGGUUCAAAAGAAUGUCACAUUGAUAUCAAUCAAACAAAAAAAAAAAAAGCAGCCUUACGACAAC